CUCUCUCUGACAACUCUGACCCCCAACCCCAACCCAGCACCAUGAACGAGCGCGCCAUCCGCAUCACGCACACGAUCCUCUUCAUCCUGCUCUUCAUCAUCGGCAUCGUGUGUGUCGGUGUGAGCGGGUAUCUUGUUGGCGACUACAACAAGCACGGCUACCCCAAGAUCCACCGCGCGGCGUUCCGCGACCGCCUGAGGAUCACGCUGACGGCUAGUAUCUGGACGGUGGUGUGGACGCUCAUCCUCGGCAUCGGCUUCCAAGUCGCGGGCCACAAGCCGACCUUCGGCAUCCUGGUGCACCUGAUCCCCAUCGCGAUCGGGUUUAUCCUCUUCAUCAUUGGCGCUGGUUCGCUCACCGGCCUCCUCCAGGGCAUCGACUGCGGCAAGGUCGGCGCCGACGUGCCCCGCUGCGAUCUGAACAAGAGCGCCAUGGGCGUCGCGUGGGCCGAGACCAUCGUCCUCUUCGUGACCCUCAUCUUCAUCAUCGCGAUCGCGUUCAAGGCGCGCGCGUGGGGCGGCGUGCACCGCAACUCGCUCUACGUCGACUAGGCUGCCUAGCCCGUGGCGUAGCCCACGCACCCACACUCGGCCUGACUCUUCGGCAAAACAGUACAUAGUAUAAUUCGUUGAUGCCAUGAUGUGCGGCGA